CGCUCCCCUUCGCAAGCCACGCCUCCGCUUUCUAUAAAGAAACCCCGGAUCGCCCGGCCUGCGUAGCCACAUCCAUCCAUCCAAAGCUUCCUUCGCAUUUCUCACUCCAAUCCCCCCUGCCCAGAUCGCCGCCGAUUCGAUCCGGUUCCCCUUUCUCCACGGGAUGGCGACCAAGAGGAGCGUGGGCACCCUCGGGGAGGCGGAUCUCAAGGGGAAGAAGGUGUUCGUGCGCGCCGACCUCAACGUGCCGCUCGACGACGCCCAGAAGAUCACCGACGACACCCGCAUCCGCGCCUCCGUGCCCACCAUCAAGUUCCUUCUCGAGAAGGGCGCCAAGGUCAUCCUGGCCAGCCAUCUGGGCCGCCCAAAAGGUGUCACCCCCAAGUUCAGCUUGAAGCCUCUUGUUCCACGCUUGUCUGAGCUCCUUGGAAUUGAUGUUGUGAUGGCCAAUGACUGCAUCGGUGAGGAAGUUGAGAAAUUGGCUGCUGCUUUGCCAGAUGGUGGUGUUCUACUCCUAGAGAAUGUUAGAUUCUACAAGGAGGAAGAGAAGAACGACCCAGAGUUUGCUAAGAAGCUUGCAUCUGUCGCUGACCUUUAUGUAAAUGAUGCUUUCGGCACAGCACACAGAGCUCAUGCCUCAACGGAGGGCGUAACCAAGUUUUUGAGGCCUUCUGUUGCUGGAUUCCUCAUGCAGAAGGAACUUGACUAUCUUGUUGGAGCUGUUGCCAACCCAAAGAAGCCAUUCGCUGCCAUUGUUGGUGGAUCCAAGGUCUCAUCCAAGAUCGGUGUGAUUGAGUCUCUGCUGGCGAAGGUUGAUAUCCUCAUCCUUGGUGGUGGUAUGAUCUUCACAUUCUACAAAGCACAGGGGUUAGCUGUUGGAAAAUCUCUUGUGGAGGAAGACAAACUUGAACUAGCAACUUCACUAAUUGAAACCGCAAAGGCGAAGGGUGUUAAGCUCUUGCUUCCAAUUGAUGUCGUUGUAGCGGACAAGUUUGCAGCAGAUGCUGAAAGCAAGGUUGUCCCUGCCUCUGCCAUCCCUGAUGGUUGGAUGGGUCUCGAUGUUGGCCCAGAUGCCAUCAAGACUUUCAGUGAAGCUUUGGACACCUGCAAGACUAUUAUCUGGAACGGACCUAUGGGAGUCUUUGAGUUUGAGAAGUUUGCAGCAGGCACUGAUGCUAUUGCUAAACAGUUGGCUGAGCUUACUGCGAAGGGUGUCACGACCAUCAUUGGUGGCGGUGACUCCGUUGCUGCUGUCGAGAAGGCAGGGCUGGCCGACAAGAUGAGCCACAUUUCCACUGGCGGUGGCGCUAGCUUGGAGCUGCUGGAAGGCAAGCCACUCCCGGGUGUUCUUGCCCUCGAUGAGGCAUAAGCUGCUUUUGUUAAUUCGAUUGUGCCUAUCAGCCUGCUGUGUGCCCCCUUUGUUUCGUACCUCGGUGUGAAGUUGCAAACGUUAUGUUUCAGCGGACCUGAUAUAGGCUUGUCGCCAAUUUUUGCUAGAUGAGUCGUGAAUAAUUGCCGACUUCCUCCUGUGAGUGAAGUGAUCGGAAACUAGCAUCUCCCCAUGAAUGUGUAUUGGCCUUCUAUUUCACGUUCUUGCUGGCGUUUCUACUA